UCAAACUCAAGAGUACCGCACAGCACUGCACAGCAGAGCACCGCCUGUCCUUCCUCUCCUUACUGGCCUCCUCAUAGUUACAAAUCCUGGCUUGUCUCACGCCGCUGGCUCUCACUAUCGCUCGGCUGGACGAGGAGAGACCGGAGCCGCCGUCAUGUUCCCGUAGCUGGCUCUCGGAGAGCCGAACAUCCGAGCGUUCCCCGCCGCCGAGGUGUUCCAUAGUGUGCAUCCAACAUGUCGGAUAAAAUGUCCAGCUUCCUGCACAUCGGGGAUAUCUGCUCCCUAUAUGCAGAGGGGUCCACCAGUGGUUUCAUCAGCACCUUGGGCUUGGUGGAUGACCGCUGUGUGGUCCAGCCCGAUGCAGGGGACCUCAACAACCCUCCGAAGAAGUUCAGAGACUGUCUCUUCAGACUGUGUCCCAUGAACCGCUACUCAGCCCAAAAGCAAUUCUGGAAAGCGGCCAAGCCUGGAGGGAACACAGACACGGUGCUCCUCAACAAGCUCCACCAUGCAGCUGAUCUGGAGAAGAAACAAAAUGACUCAGAAAACAAAAAGCUGCUUGGAACAGUAAUUCAGUACGGAAAUGUUAUACAGCUCCUCCACCUAAAGAGCAACAAAUACCUGACAGUGAACAAACGCUUGCCUGCGCUCUUGGAGAAGAACGCCAUGAGGGUGAUGCUGGACCCUGCAGGAAAUGAAGGCUCCUGGUUCUACAUCCAACCCUUCUACAAGCUGCGCUCAAUCGGAGACAGUGUGGUGAUCGGCGAUAAAGUGGUCUUGAAUCCGGUGAAUGCAGGCCAGCCACUCCACGCCAGCACGCACCAACUCGUGGAUAACCCGGGAUGCAACGAGGUGAAUUCUGUCAACUGCAACACAAGCUGGAAGAUAGUCUUGUUCAUGAAAUGGAGCGACAAUCAGGAGAUCGUCUUAAAAGGGGGCGAUGUGGUACGCUUGUUUCACGCCGAGCAAGAAAAAUUCCUCACUUGCGAUGAUCACAGAAAAAAACAAUACGUGUUCCUUCGCACCACCGGGCGGCAGUCGGCUACCUCAGCAACCAGUAGCAAAGCCCUUUGGGAAAUAGAGGUCGUACAACACGAUCCCUGCCGAGGCGGGGCCGGCUACUGGAACAGUCUGUUCCGGUUUAAACACUUGGCCACUGGACAUUACCUUGCUGCAGAGGUGAAUCCAGAAUAUGAAGAGGAGGGCCUGGAGUCACGAGCCUCACAUGAUUCGGAGCAAGAGGCCUUGCGGACCCGUUUGAGAAAUGUCCCCGAUAAAGUCAUGUACACACUUGUCUCCGUCCCCGAUGGAAAUGACAUUUCUUCGAUAUUUGAGUUGGACCCCACCACGUUAAGAGGAGGGGACUCGCUCGUACCCAGGAAUUCAUACGUGCGCCUCAGACACUUGUGCACCAACACAUGGGUACACAGCACCAACCAACCCAUCGACAAAGAGGAGGAAAAACCCGUCAUGCUUCGCAUUGGCACGUCCGCACUGAAAGAGGACAAAGAGGCCUUUGCGAUUGUGCCCGUUUCCCCGGCUGAAGUGCGAGACCUGGACUUUGCCAACGAUGCCAGUAAAGUGUUGGCGUCUAUCGCUGGAAAGCUCGAGAAAGGCACCAUCACACAAAAUGAAAGGAGAGCAGUUACAAAACUUUUAGAAGAUCUGGUGUUCUUUGUUGUUGACAUUCCCAACAAUGGACAAGAUGUUCUCGAGAUCACAGUCAACAAACCAAACCGAGAAAGGCAGAAACUCAUGAGAGAACAGAAUAUUCUCAAACAGAUCUUCAAGCUGCUUCAAGCCCCUUUUACUGACAGCGGCGAUGGUCCAAUGCUUCGAUUGGAGGAACUCGCCGACCAGCGCCACGCCCCCUUCCGGCACAUCUGCCGACUGUGUUACCGGGUUUUGCGUCACUCCCAACAGGACUACCGCAAGAACCAGGAGUAUAUUGCCAAGCAAUUUCGCUUCAUGCAGAAACAAAUCGGCUAUGAUGUUCUGGCAGAAGACACUAUCACAGCUCUCCUCCAUAACAACCGCAAGUUACUGGAGAAACACAUUACUGCUGCAGAGAUUGACACCUUUGUCAGCCUGGUCCGCAAGAACCGUGAGCCCAGGUUCUUGGACUACUUGUCGGACUUGUGCGUGUCCAUGAAUAAAUCCAUUCCUGUGACUCAAGAGCUGAUUUGCAAUGCUGUGCUGGAUCCUACUAACGGAGACAUACUAAUUGAAACUAAACUAGUGCUGUCAAGAUUUGAGAUUGAAGGGGAAGCGCUCGGGGACAACUCUGAGGAGUCUGAAGAAGAUGAGGAGGAAGUGUGGUUAUUCUGGAAGGACAGUAAUAAAGAGAUCCGUAGCAAAAGCAUCAGGGAAUUGGCCCAGGAUGCCAAGGAGGGUCAAAAGGAGGACCAGGAGGUCAUCAGUUACUAUAGGUACCAGCUGAAUCUGUUUGCCAGGAUGUGUUUGGACAGGCAGUACCUGGCGAUUAACAAGAUCUCCGGCCAGCUGGAUGUCGAUUUGAUCUUGCGCUGCAUGUCAGACGAAGACUUGCCUUAUGAUCUGCGAGCCUCGUUUUGCCGUAUGAUGCUGCACAUGCACGUAGAUCGCGAUCCCCAGGAACAGGUCACACCCGUCAAAUACGCACGACUGUGGUCAGAGAUCCCAUCGGAAAUUGCGAUCGACGAUUACGACAACGACGGCACAUCCAAAGAUGAAAUUAAGGAGCGAUUCUCACAGACGAUGGAGUUUGUCGAGAACUACCUCAGAGAUGUGGUUUGCCAGAGUUUUCCUUUUGCAGAUAAAGAAAAGAAUAAGCUCACCUUUGAGGUGGUAAAUUUGUCCAGGAAUCUGAUUUAUUUUGGCUUUUAUAACUUCAGUGAUUUACUAAGACUCACCAAGAUCCUUCUAGCUAUUCUAGAUUGUGUCCAUAUGAGCACAAUUUUCUCUUUCAACAAGCUGGAAAAGGGAGAUGAGAGCAAAGGCAGUAAUGUGAUAAGGUCCAUUCAUGGCGUUGGGGAGCUGAUGUCACAAGUGGUCCUUCGAGGCGGCGGCUUUCUACCCACAACAUCAAAUAGUAGCGCCAACGGAAGCGCUGUCAAGACUCAGACCGAACCGGAGAAACAAGACAUUUUGGUCAUGGACACCAAGCUGAAGAUCAUUGAGAUCUUACAGUUCAUAUUAAACGUCCGCCUGGACUACAGGAUCUCCUGUCUGCUGUCCAUCUUUAAAAGGGAGUUUGAUGAGAGCAACUCCCAAAGUGAGUUGUCUAUAACUGGAACAGUUGAAGGUCCAAACAACAUGCCAGGAGCACUGGAUUUCGAGCACAUAGAAGAGCAGGCCGAAGGGAUAUUUGGUGGAAGUGAAGAGAACACUCCUUUGGAUCUGGAUGAUCACGGCGGACGGACUUUCCUGAGAGUCCUUCUUCACUUGACCAUGCACGACUAUCCCCCUCUGGUUUCCAGGGCCCUCCAAUUGCUUUUUCGGCAUUUCAGUCAAAGGCAGGAGGUCCUUCAGGCAUUCAAGCAGGUCCAGUUGCUAGUCACCAGUCAAGAUGUGGAGAACUACAAACAAAUUAAGUUUGACCUGGACCAACUGCGUUCCAUUGUGGAGAAGUCUGAGCUAUGGGUGUACAAAAGGCAGGGUCCAGAUGAGGUCUUGGAUACAGGAGAAGGGAUGGCGACUGAGUCUCAACAUAAAAAGGGAGAGUCUGGAGGAGCCGAAAAGCCAAACAAACCAGAGAGCACCAGCAGUUACAAUUACAGGGUGGUAAAAGAGAUCCUCCUGCGCUUCUGUAGGCUUUGUGUCCAGGAGGGUCACUCAGGUAAGAAGAGCAGGAAGCAGCAACAGAGGUUACUAAGGAACAUGGGGGCUCAUGCCGUCGUCCUUGAGCUGCUACAGAUCCCAUAUGAGAAGGGUGAAGAUUUACGCAUGCAGGAUAUCAUGCGGUUAGCGCAUCAGUUCCUACAAAACUUCUGUGCCGGGAACCAGCAGAACCAAGCUCUGCUUCACAAGCACAUUAAUCUCUUCCUCAACCCCGGGAUUUUGGAAGCCAUCACCAUGCAGCAUAUUUUCAUGAACAACUUCCAGCUGUGCAGUGAAAUCAAUGAACGCGUGGUCCAACACUUUGUCCACUGCAUCGAAACACAUGGACGCAACGUCCAGUACUUAAAAUUUCUGCAGACAAUCGUCAAAGCAGAGAAUAAGUUCAUCAAAAAGUGUCAGGACAUCGUUAUGGCCGAGCUGGUGAAUGCGGGCGAAGACGUUUUGGUCUUCUACAAUGAUCGCGCCUCCUUUCAAACACUGGUGCAGAUGAUGCGGUCGGAGCGGGAUCGCAUGGAUGAGAACAGUCCACUGAUGUACCAUAUUCACCUGGUGGAACUUUUAGCCGUCUGCACGGAGGGCAAGAACGUCUACACGGAGAUCAAAUGUAACUCGCUGCUCCCGCUGGAUGACAUCGUGCGAGUGGUGACCAAUGAGGACUGCAUCCCAGAGGUCAAAAUUGCCUAUAUCAACUUCCUCAACCAUUGCUAUGUGGACACCGAGGUUGAAAUGAAGGAAAUUUACACUUCCAACCACAUGUGGAAACUCUUUGAGAACUUCCUGGUUGACAUUUGCAGAGUUUGCAACAAUACAAGCGAUCGCAAGCACGCCGACACCGUUCUGGAGUGUUACGUGACUGAGACGGUCAUGAGUAUUGUCACCACGUUUUUUAGCUCGCCUUUUUCUGACCAGAGCACCACCUUGCAGACCAGACAGCCAGUCUUUGUGCAGCUGUUGCAGGCAGUUUUCAGGGUCUACCACUGCAACUGGUUGUUCCCUGUCCAGAAAGGCUCCGUGGAAAAUUGUAUCAAAGUCCUGUCAGAUGUUGCCAAAGGUCGAGGCAUCGCCAUCCCCGUGGACCUUGACAACCAAGUGAGCAACUUGUUUGUGAAGUCCAACAACAUUGUACAGAAAACGGCAAUGAGCUGGAGACUGUCGGCACGUAACGCCGCCAGGAGAGACUCUGUAGUGACAGCGUCACGGGACUACAGAAAUAUCAUCGAGCGGCUGCAGGAUAUCGUGUCAGCGCUGGAGGACCGUCUCCGUCCGUUGGUCCAAGCCGAGUUGUCCGUCCUCGUGGAUGUGUUGCAUCGGCCUGAGCUGCUUUUCCCAGAAAACACUGAGUCACGCAAAAAGUGUGAAAGUGGAGGUUUCAUCUGCAAGCUGAUCAAGCACACCAAGCAGCUGCUGGAGGAAAAUGAGGAGAGACUGUGCAUUAAAGUUCUGCAGACACUUCGAGAGAUGAUGACAAAAGACCGUGGUUAUGGAGAGAAGCUCAGGGCCUUUGAUGAUGAGAUGGAUAUGCCUAAGCAGCUGGAUCAGAACCAGCCUGAGAAGUUGUUGGAGGACCAGAAAAGGGGCGAGGCACUGAGGCAGAUUCUGGUGAACCGUUACUAUGGCAACUUCCAUCGCAGCGGUGGGCGGAGGGACAGCUUGACGUCAUUCGGCAGUGGCCCCCUCAGCCCCGUAGGACCCAGCAAAAAGCAGUCAGUGCUGGGUGGCCCUGGGGGCCUGAGUCGUGGGGAAAUGAGCCUAGCGGAGGUCCAGUGCCACUUGGACAAAGAGGGAGCCUCUGAUCUGGUGAUUGACCUCAUCAUGAACACCACCAGUGACCGAGUUUUCCAGGAAAGCAUUCUGCUGGCUAUUGCUCUGCUGGAGGGCGGCAACACCACCAUUCAGCGUUCAUUUUUCUGCCGCCUGACCGAGGACAAAAAGUCUGAAAAGUUCUUUCGCGUUUUCUACGACCGCAUGAAGCUGGCGCAGCUGGAGAUCAAAGCUACUGUGACAGUAAAUACCAGCGACCUUGGAAAUCGGAAGAGAGACUAUGACAGCCAGGACAAAGACACCCCGGUCCGCAAAAAAGCAAGAGAAUCAUCAGUGGUGAUGACCGAAGAAGUGCGCGAGCAACUACUCGAGGCCUCGUCCGCCACCAAGAAAGCUUUUAACUCUUAUCGGCGGGAAGCCGACCCAGAAGACCACUUUGCCUCAGCAGAUGGUCAAGCAAGCACCGGGGAGAAGAAUCAGGAUGACGGCGAGAUGAGCUACGUCAUCAUUAUCAUGCAGCCUAUCCUUCGUUUCCUGCAGCUACUUUGUGAGAAUCACAACCGUGACCUGCAGAACUUUCUUCGCUGUCAAAACCACAAGAACAACUACAACCUGGUGUGUGAGACCCUUCAGUUCUUGGACUGCAUCUGCGGCAGCACCACAGGAGGUCUGGGCUUAUUAGGGCUGUACAUCAAUGAAAAGAACGUUGCCCUCAUCAAUCAAACUCUAGAGAGCCUCACAGAGUACUGCCAAGGUCCCUGCCAUGAAAACCAGAAUUGCAUCGCCACUCACGAGUCCAACGGUAUCGAUAUCAUCAUUGCUCUGAUCCUUAAUGACAUCAACCCGCUCGGAAAGAAGCGGAUGGAUCUGGUGCUGGAGCUCAAGAACAACGCGUCCAAGUUGCUGCUUGCCAUUAUGGAGAGCCGUCAUGACAGCGAAAAUGCUGAGAGGAUCCUGUACAACAUGAGACCUAAAGAGCUUGUGGAGGUGAUCAAAAAAGCCUAUCUGCAGGGAGAGGUGGAGUUUGAAGACACAAAGGAGGAGGAGGAUAAUGGGGAGGAUGAUGAGGAACAUGAUGCAGCAUCUCCCAGAAAUGUUGGACACAACAUUUAUAUCUUGGCUCACCAGCUGGCCCGUCACAACAAGGAGCUGUCCAUAAUGUUGAAGCCUGGAGGAGCCAGUGGCGAUGGAGAUGAGGCCCUGGAGUUUUACGCCAACCACACAGCUCAGAUUGAAAUUGUGCGCCACGACCGCACCAUGGAAGAGAUCGUGUUCCCAGUGCCCAACAUUUGUGAAUUCUUGACCUCCGAAUCCAAGCUCCGGGUCUACUACACCACUGAGAGAGACGAGCAGGGCAGUAAAAUCAACGACUUCUUCCUGCGAGCGGAGGACCUCUUCAGUGAGAUGAAUUGGCAGAAGAAGCUUAGAGCCCAGCCGGUGUUGUACUGGUGCUCCAGAAACAUUUCAGUUUGGAGCAACGUUUCCUUCAACCUGGCUGUGCUCAUGAACCUGCUCGUCUGCUUCUUCUACCCGCUGGAGGGGAUACACGGAGGUACGCUGGACACUCACUUGUCUGCUCUGCUGUGGAUGGGCGUCUUGGCAACACUCAUUAUCGUGAUCAUCAUGCCCCAACCGCUUGGCAUCCGGGCUCUCGUCAUCAUCACCAUCCUCCGUCUCAUCUUCUCAGUUGGUCUGGAGCCCACGCUGUUCCUCCUUGGGGCCUUCAAUGUGUGCAAUAAAAUCAUCUUCCUGAUGAGUUUUUUGGGAAACUGCGGCACCUUCAGUCGGGGCUACAAAGCCAUGGUGAUGGACUUUGAGUUCCUCUACCACUUCACCUACCUGCUCAUCUGCAGUCUGGGGGUGUUUGUUCAUGUCUUCUUCUACAGUUUGUUGCUGUUUGACCUGGUGUACCGAGAAGAGACGUUGCUGAACGUCAUCAAGAGCGUGACGCGCAACGGACGCUCCAUCGUCUUGACCGCCGUGCUUGCACUCAUCCUCGUCUACUUGUUCUCCAUCGUCGGCUAUAUUUUCUUCAAAGAUGACUUCAUCCUGGAAGUGGAUCGACUUCCCAAUGCGACACUAAAAAACGGAGCCAGCAUAGCCAGUGAGUUUCUGUCCAGCAGAAUAUGUCAAGGUGGAGUGAAUGAAAACUGCACUGCUGGGAGUUUGCAGGAAGAUGCGGACAGUGACGAUUCACAAGACAGCGACAUGGAGCGAACGUGCGACUCCCUCCUGAUGUGUAUUGUCACUGUUCUGAGUCACGGCUUGAGGAGCGGCGGAGGUGUAGGCGACGUUCUCCGCAAACCAUCCAAAGAGGAGCCACUUUUUGCAGCCAGGGUGAUAUACGACCUGUUGUUCUUCUUCAUGGUCAUCAUCAUCGUCCUAAACCUCAUUUUCGGUGUCAUCAUCGACACCUUUGCCGACCUGAGGAGUGAAAAACAGAAGAAAGAAGAAGUCUUGAAGACCACCUGCUUUAUUUGUGGGCUGGAGAGGGACAAAUUUGACAACAAGACUGUGACGUUUGAAGGGCACAUUAAGGAGGAGCAUAACAUGUGGCAUUACCUCUUUUUCAUCGUGUUGGUGAAAGUCAAAGAUUCCACCGAGUACACGGGCCCCGAGAGCUACGUGGCUGAAAUGAUCAAGGAGCACAAUCUUGACUGGUUUCCGAGGAUGCGUGCCAUGUCUCUGGUGAGCAGCGACGCAGAGGGUGAGCAGAAUGAAAUCAGGAGUCUGCAGGAGAAGUUGGAGUCCACCAUGAGGCUGGUGGCCAACCUGUCCGGACAACUGACUGAGCUCAAGGAGCAGAUGACAGAGCAAAGGAAGCAGAAGCAGAGAAUCGGUCUUCUUGGGCACCCCCCUCACGUGAACGUCAACCCCCAGCAACCCGCUUGAGGACAUUUUGCAUUGCUCAUUUGUUCAAAUACCAAAUUGUGCCAAUUAGCAGGUUGACCAAGUGCAAGGAUGGUAUGACUUGACCAAAGCACUCUCGCACAUCAGUACAGUUACAAAUGUGAAGCGAGCAUUAGCGGAGUAUAUUACUCAUUGUCUGUCGAGUCAGCGGGACUCCGUGAGUAGUGUCCAUCAAGUGCCUCAAGACAUGGAAAGCCAACCAUGUUUAUUCAGGAGAUGAAAACACUGAUUUUUAGCUGCACUACCAUAACCGCCUUUGGCAUCGUACCACACUGACAACAUGACAAAGUUCGUUCAAUUGUUGCUAAGGGAGAUUUCUUUUCAUGUGUCCUUAUGCCAGCAAACUCAGGUCAUGUGGAGUUACAGGUUGGCUUCAAUUUCACGCACAUCAAUAAGAGAACUUCACAAAACGCAAUGCCUGUAUUGGGAAAACUCUUUUUGGGGGGUUUGGGAUUUACCUUUAUAUUUAUUAUGGUGAUAUCUUUUAUUUAAAAAAAAAAAAAAAAUCAACGUUUUUUUUUUUAUUAUUUACAAAAGACGGUUAUAAAUGCUAAGUUUUGUGUUAAACAACUCCCCUUCAGAGCACUUUAAUAAGACUUUGUGCUCUUAGAACAUUCAUGUCAUGUGCCUUCUUUACAGUUUGUGAUGCUUAAUACAGGAACCAAGCUUCACCCC